GCCGAUUACUUGACGACAUCUUUUUCACCGCCGGACUCUGGCACGAAAUUCCCCGCCUCGAGACGGCACCCUUUUACUCUCUCAUGCGAUCCAUUCAGAGGAGCUUCCGCAGAAGCCAUCCAUGACGACAAUCAUUAGCCUUCGACAGCCGCUGGAACUUCUUAGCAUGAGCGACCAGCCAGUGCGCCGAUCAAAGCGCCAGCCGGGUUCGUUGGCCCAUGACUCCAGAGAACGGGGAGACGGAGGAGACGAGAGACUGAUGCUGACGAGGAAAACAGCCGCCGACUAUGAACAAGACGACGAUUUUCAGUUUGUGCGAAAAUCAAAAAAGGCAAAGACCGCCGAGGAAUCGCAGCCCGUAAAUCUUCCCGUGAGGAAAUCGAGAGGAAGGCCAUCUGCGGCGGCCGUAGCAGCGAGGGAGCGGGCGGUGAGGGAGUCGAUUGGCGGCGAUGAGGACGUGGAGCUGAUUACGGCGGAGCCGGCCCGGAAAUCGACGAAAAAGUCUUCUUCAUCAAGGCGAAAGGCGUCGAGUGACGCGGUACCGGACGAGCCACCCGCCAAGUCUUCAAAGAGGGGAACGAGGAAGAGCACGCGAGUAUCAAACGAAGAUGCAGCAUUGGAGGAGGAACAGCAGCCCCCGCCGCGGACUAAUGGCUCUUCAACCAGCCAGAGCCGUAGCAAGAAGGCGUCAGAGCCCAAGGCGCCGCCACCGGUGACACAGGAGGAGGAGGAGGACAUGUCAAUAGUAGAGGAGACGGCGGAACGACCAACCAAGAUCGCGCUCCCCAUGAGCGAUACACCCAUCAUCAACCGCAACAAAGAAAUGCGAAAGAAAGGAGGAAACGGCAGCCGGAGAAGCAGUCUGGGAUCUCGCGGGCGCAGAGCGAGCUCAUUAAUCGAGAGCGGGCAGACGGCUAUUCCGCAUCGCGAAGUUAGCACGUCCGCGUUCUACAAGCACAUUGAGGCGGAUUUACUGGAACCGCGGAGGAUGAAGCAGCUGCUGAUAUGGUGCGGUGAACGAGCGCUAUCGGAGAAACCGCGCGGUACCUUGAACUCUGGAGCAGUGCUAGGAGCCCGUGCGAUUCAAGACCAGCUGCUGAAAGACUUUGCGUCAAGGUCUGAUUUUUCAGACUGGUUCAACAGAGAAGACAAAGUACCUAAAGCACCAGUCAUACUAAAGCCAAAUCCCCGUAACAUUGAGCUGGAUGAGAAACUGGCAACCUUACAGGCGCGAAUUAAGAGAUUGCAAGAAGAAAAGAAAGCGUGGCUAGCAAUACGGAAACCACCGCCAGAGCAGCCCCCUCUAUUCACAGCAAAAGAAAAAGAAGCGGAAACAAUCACACUCCCCGAUUUCGACUUAUUAGACCCCGAUGAAGGCAAAAUAAGGGGCUUUCUCGUCGAUGAAACCAACUCAUUUGCAAGCAUACGAUCACAGACACAAGCAAGGCUACGGAACAUCCAAUCGUCUCUCGAAUUUGAAGUGGAUCAAUUAGCAGACAAUGUUCAUAAGCUGGAACAAAGGGUCAAGGUCGCAGGCACGGAGGCCGACCGAGUACUGAGUCUAAGCGCCGUCAGACUACGGGAGCGAGAAGAAAAGGAGAGGAGGAGGGCAGGAACCAAAGAGAUGCCAAUAAUGGAGGUGUUGAGAAGCUUAAGCUUAAUACUGCCCGAAGGAGGGGGUUGAUGAUUUUGUGGAAGUUGGAAAAAGAAGAUGAAAGACAUCUUGUCCCCUUAUCGUUUUUCUCCUGGCAUUUUCAUAAAGGCUCUGCGCUUCAUUCAUGAUACCCUUCUUCCUCCUCCUCUCCUUUUUUGCCAACUCCUUAUAAAAAGGACCUGCAACAUGGACUUGUGCCUUGAUUAUUUUAGUUUCCAUUUUCUUUUUUUCAUGAG